CCGCAUGGUCGUUCUAUCACGAAGUUGGCAGCAGGAGUGGGGCGAGAGCUCGGCUGCGAGCAUCUCCCUUUCAGUGACCUAAUAGGAAAUUAUUCGUUUUGCCACCCGCAUGGUCGUUCUAAUAGGAAAUUAUUCGGUUGCUAGUAUUGACUUGGUGACUGUCGUCGUUAAUAUUUUUUUUGUCCCUAGUAGAUUAUUUUUGUUACUGUGCUAAUUGAGGCUUAAAUCUAGGGUUUUUAAGAAUAUAAGCCAAAACAGAACAAUGUCAAACAGGAUAUAGAAAAUGAAAACAAAGAAACUGAUAAUCGAAUCAUUUUAAACCAGCUCUAUGGGUUUCUUAGUUCAUAUUAUUGUGAUAAAGGGCUCUUAUUUGGUUUCCUCAUUUGAGUUUCUCGACGUUGGGGCGAUAAGUUGGUACAAAGUUUAUGCACGUUAGACUAUUGGAUUAAUUUUUAGCUCAAUUUAAUGCUUCAAUACCGUGUAUGCUUAAUAGGAAAUUAUUCGUUUUGGAGAAUUUGAAUGUUUAUGAAGAAGUAUCACUGUUUUGGCUGGUUUUGGUCAUUCAAGCCUUUGAUUAGAAAAAGGAAGGGAAAAAAUUUCGGCCUCUAGAUUUUCGUUUGUUCCUUGUAGCAAAUAUGUGGGGGCUUACAGCAAUUUUAUAGCUACUAAACAACUAUUGACUAAAGUAUGUACAUGGUUAACUAGCUGUGGAGCUCCCAGAAUAAUAAGUCAUAUCCAACUGAAAACGGAUGUCAUCCAUGUGUGAUGUGCCUUCCAAGUUAUUGUUGUAAUAUCUGAGCUGUUGACUGUCUUCUAUUUCCAGCGUAUCUAAGUUAUUUUUCAUUACAAUGUAUUUAAGAAGACAUGAUUAAUGUUGUUACACUUGUACUUCUGUCAUGAAUGGAUUCACUUCUCUUUCUACUUCUAUAAAAUUCAAAAAUCAAUUGAAAAAUACAUUGAUUCUUGUAUUCAUAUUUCUGGCACUUAUAUUCUCUUUUGCAAUUUCAUGUAAAUUGUUAAAUAAAAGUGGUGAAGCGCAGCACGUUGAGUGGAGUAAAAUCCAAACACCAACAGACAAGGUAGUAGUGCCUUAUGAUACCUUAGCAUCUGUACCAGAAGAUGCAGCUCAAACAAAGAGUCUCUUGGAUCAACUUGUGGUGCUAAAGCUUAAUGGUGGCUUGGGAACGACAAUGGGCUGCACUGGUCCUAAAUCUGUCAUAGAAGUUCGGAAUGGUUUGACUUUUUUAGAUUUAAUUGUCAUCCAAAUUGAGUCUCUCAAUAAGAAGUAUGGAUGCAAUGUACCCCUGCUUCUAAUGAACUCAUUCAACACACAUGAUGAUACACAGAAGAUUGUAGAAAAAUAUGCCAAAUCAAAGAUCGAGAUUCUUACUUUUAAUCAGAGUCAAUAUCCUCGACUGGUUGCUGAUGAUUUUCUGCCACUGCCAUCUAAAGGGGAAACGGGGAAGGAUGGAUGGUAUCCCCCUGGGCAUGGUGAUGUUUUCCCGUCCUUGAUGAACAGUGGGAAACUGGACACACUAUUGUCACAGGGCAAAAAAUACGUCUUUGUUGCCAACUCGGAUAACGUAGGAGCUGUGGUUGAUUUAAAAAUUCUGAAUCAUCUUAUACAAAACAAAAACGAAUAUUGCAUGGAGGUCACACCCAAAACAUUGGCUGAUGUGAAGGGAGGCACUCUAAUUUCAUACGAGGGAAAAGUGCAGCUACUGGAAAUUGCACAAGUUCCUGAUGAGCAUGUUAAUGAGUUCAAGUCAAUUGACAAAUUCAAGAUCUUUAACACGAACAACUUGUGGUUGAACUUGAGCGCGGUUAGAAGACUUGUGGAAGCACAAGCACUUAAGAUGGAGAUUAUUCCCAACCCAAAGGAAGUCAACGGGGUUAAAGUUCUCCAGUUAGAAACAGCAGCUGGUGCUGCAAUUAGGUUCUUCGAUAAUGCUAUUGGCAUCAACGUUCCACGAUCUCGAUUCCUUCCAGUGAAAGCAAGUUCAGAUUUGCUUCUUGUUCAGUCCGAUCUUUACACUGAAAAGGAUGGGCAAGUGAUUCGUAACCCAGCUAGAACAAACCCUGCUAACCCUUCAAUCGAAUUGGGCCCUGAAUUCAAGAAGGUUGGAGACUUCUUGAAGCGUUUCAAGUCCAUCCCCAGCAUUAUCGCGCUCGAUAGCUUAAAGGUUUCUGGUGACGUAUGGUUUGGAGCUUCUGUGGUUCUCAAGGGUAAAGUGGUGGUCGCUGCAAAAUCAGGAGAGAAAUUGGAAAUUCCCGAUGGAACUGUACUUGAAAACAAGGAGGUGCAUGGUGCUGGAGAUAUCUAAACAGACGACUGCUGAUUAGCUUAUGAAUUAAGAGUUCACUUUGCAUGGUGGCUGCUUUGUCUUUAGGUUUUGGUAGUAAGCAUAUUGUAUCCAAUAAAACUGCACCAAUUUUUUGCAAUGCUUUUCCAACUUUGCUCAUCAUUUCAACUAUAUCUUCGUUGGAGGAUUUGGUUCCGGUGAAAAGGAGAGUAAGGUGAAAAGCGUAAGAAGAGAUCUCAAUUUCUUAGAUGCAUAUUAAGAUGAGAUGUACUGAGAUUAAUCCCCGUAUCAAAUGCAAU